AUGGCAGCUGCAGUUGACUUAGAAUUUCUUUUAAAUACUAUUGACGAAGCAUGUCAAGAGUGGCAACAAAAAUUUCAAACGACAACUCAAGAAUUAUUGCAAAGUAUUCAGCAAGUCUUGGGUGUUUGUGUAGAAUAUCUCAUUGAACUUUCAAAAUCUACUGCUGAUGACGAACAAUCCAAACAAGAUCGACUGGGUGCCAAACGCAUCGUAUUCAAACUGAAACAAUUAAAAAGCUCUUUGGGAAAUUUAUGGCCAGCUAGUAUCACUAGUUUUACUAGAGACAGAUUUGAUGUUGAUACAUAUAAUGUUGAAACAAUCGAAUUUUUUGAACCUGUUCAGUUUUAUCCAGGCUUUCCUUACAUGAUGAAAUUAUAUGAAUGGUCAGUUUAUAACACUAAUGGAACAUUGGUAUAUCGUUAUUUUUUAGAAAAAAGUGAACUCAUGGGUUCAGGACCAUACUAUGUUUUAGGAAAAGCAUUCUCACAUGGACGUUCCCAAAUUCAUUCAUAUGGGCCAACUAUACCAGAUUACAAUCAGAUGAAGAUCCAUGUGAUCAGUAAUUUAAGUGGUCAUGGCUCUCAACCGUUAACUACAAUGACCGUGCCAAGGUUCGGACCUUGGUUGCAAUAA